AUGUCUGGUUCCAAAACUGAUAAAACCAAGUUUCUUCCUGUGAGAACUGUAAAUCCAAACGAUCCAGUCGUAAAUAAUGAAGACAGUAAUAAUAAUAAUAAUAAUAAUAAUAAUAAUAACAGGAGUUAUACAUUGAUCAAUGAUUAUUCCGCUUUAGAAAUCUUUUGCGCAUCAAAACGUUCUCAUUCUAGUGGUAAAAAUAAGACGACAUCUUUAUUGAAAUCAUUAAAACCACCUUCAAUUGACACUAGGGUUGAAACAGAAACGUUAUAUUUUACAGAUUUGAAUAAUAAUGUAUGUGGAUUUGUUCAAAUUUUAUAUUCUAAUGUGAUGGGAGGAAUUUAUAAAGGGUUUCAAAUGAACUUUAAAAUGUUUGAAACAAACGAAUCCCAAGUAAAAUUCUCCAUUUGGGAAUCAAUUAAGAUUCCUAAUGUGGUUACAUUUGAUAAAUUUAGUAUUGUGAGUGAUAUAAUUACUUUCCAGAUCAUACCGAAUGGACCAAGAUCAGAGAAGAAUAAUAAUAAGAAUAAAGGGUGUUCUUUAGGGAAAUUAUUGAUUAUUGUUAAUUUACCUCAUGGUGAAAACACGAGUGAUCUACAAAUUAAUUUGAAAGUUGAUUUAUAUCAAGGUUUCAAGAUGAAUCCUGAUGGGACAAGUUAUUUUCUUGAUAAAUCAAUUCAUCGGAAUGAUCAAUCUCGUGAGAAUGUUAAAUCAAGUAGAUACUUAAGGCAUGUUUUUGUACCAAGAGGUAUAUGUGAGGGUACAAUUUCAUAUAAGGAUAAAGCAACUAAUAAAUCUUUUGAUUUUGAUUUUGAGAAGGUUCCAGUUUGUUAUUUGGAUGCAGUACAAGGUAUGGUACCAAAUAAAGCUGCAAGUAAAUGGAACUUUAUGACAUUUCAAAGUUUAACUUAUUCAAUUUUAUUAUUAGAAUAUACAACGACUAGGGAUUUCAAAUAUGGAACCGUCACGACGUGGGCAAUCUCAAGAGAUGAGGAAAUUAUUUCUAUUGGUUCUCAAGUAAAUAAUACAAAUAUUGUUAAAUUCAAAUCAACGAUUUUAGAUAAGGAGACUGGAUGGGAAUAUCCCAGUGCCAUUAAAUUCAAUCUUUUUUUGCAUGAUGAUGCAGACGCUAAUGAUAAAUUUGAGGAAGAUAAUUUGAAUCUAGUUAAUAGAUAUGAUAUAUUUCAUGAAUUACCAAGUAUAGUUAAAAAUAUUGCCUCAGAAUUUGUUCAUAUAAACCCAUAUCUAUAUCAAUAUUGUCAACGGUCCAAAUUUAGAAAUGAAGAAGGUAUAUCUAUUGUUGAAAGUACUUUUAUAAGUCGGUAG